AUGAAGGUCUUUGUGUGUGUUUUGGCAAUGGUAGCAGCUGCUCAUGCUGGCAUUUUGGGCAUUGGUGGAGGCAGUUCCGGUGGCCAUGGAGGCAGUUACAGUAGUGGUGGUAGUGGCUACAGCUAUGGAGUAGGAGGUGGUCAUGGAGGCAGUGGUGGCUUUGGCGGUGGCAGCGGAUACUCAUCUGCCGGCAGUGUUGUAAAAGUCAUUCACGAAGGUGGUAGCGAUCAUGGUGGUUACGAUGCUGGCUUCAGCGGAGGUCAUGGUGGCGGAUUUGAUGCUGGUUUCAGUGGUGGCUAUAGUGGAGGUUUUGACGGAGGCUUAGAUGGAGGAUAUGCUGGUGGUCAUGGAGCUGGUGCCGGAGCUGCUGCUGAUGUUAAAAUUGUCAAAGUAAUUUCUCAGGGUUCCGCUGGCGGUCAUGGAGGUAGCUUUGCUGGCGGCCAUGGUGGCAGCUUUGCUGGUGGUUACGGUGGAUACUCUGGCGGCUUUUCUUCCGGUGGUCACUCCUCUGGCGGUGUCAAAAUCAUUAAAGUUAUCCAUGAAAAUGGUGGUAUUGCUGGUGGCCACGAUGCUGGUUUCUCUGCUGGUCAUGGCGGUAGCUUCUCUGGUGGUUAUUCCGGCGGUUAUUCUGGUGGUUACUCCAGUGGCCAUUCCAGCGGUGGUGAUGUUAAAAUUGUGAAAGUUAUUAGCCAAGGCGGUGCUGGUGGUUACUCUGGUGGUGCCAGCAGUUACUCAGGUGCUAGCAGCUAUGCUGGUGGUUAUAGUUCUGGUGGCUGGUCCUCCGCUCCCAGCCAUGGUUGGUAA